UCACGGUUCAGCUCUCGGAAAAUGGCCGCUGUGGGGACGCUCUCAUAUAACGGCUGGAAGAUGUUCUUGGUCUUUAUGUGCGUCUUUGCCGCGGUGAACUGCGAUGAUAAAGUGCCGCUGGUGGUGUGGGCUAGUGACGGUUAUGCUCUGUCUCCUGCGAAUGCUCCAUCAUCCGGCCACACUGUGUCAGUUGAUGAGCUGGGAUCAUAUUUGAGCAGAGCUCUGAGCACUUCACCUCAUAACCUACUGCUCUUCCUGCAGGAUAAAUUGAGUGUGGAGGACUUCACAAUGUAUGGAGGAGUAUUUGGAAACAAACAGGACAGUGUCUUCCGCAAUCUUGAGGGCGCUCUGCGGUCAUCAUCGUCCUCCUUGUGGCUGCCAUCUGUGUCGUCGACCGCGGCCGCAUCAGUUAGCACUCUUCUUCAGAACCAGAUCGAGACGGCCCCUCUCUACAUGAACCCAGACACCCUUGCUCAGCUGCGGCUCAAUGCAUCUGUCGCAGCCCUGCUGGUGUUCCGUCUCCCUUACAGCGGCGGGGCUGAUGUGAUGAUGUCUGCUAAAGAGAUUCUCAGUGGCAAUGAUGAAGUGAUUGGUCAGGUGACCAGCAUCAUGAAGACUCAGUCUGUGCCGUACACAGCUGUGUUCACAGCGCUUCAGCCAUCAAGGGUGGUGGAGGAGGAGGUGUCACUCGCUGUGCGUUCUGUCGGGAGUCGAUCUCUCCUGCAGUCUCGGCGUGGGGAAUCUCCUGCUGCGUACCCGCCCGUAGAGUUUAAGGAGAAGGGCUCUUCGUGCAUUCUCAUGUGGGCAGAGAAACUGGUGGUGAGCCUGUACCGUUCCGAAAAAUGGGAAAGACACGAUCUUGCCUCCAAAACCUUUGGUGAAGGUGUGACGCCCAACCUGAAUGGAUCAUCUUGCAACGAGACUCACUCACGGCUGGUUCUGAACUAUGAGGAUGUCCUGAGUUUCCGUUCCUUCAGGCUCAUUUUUAUCAUGAACCAACGUCACUACAAGGUUUCUGCUCGCCGCUGGUUCACCAUGGAGCGGGUUCAGCUGGAGUAUGAUGGGAAAAAGGCCUCAUUCAACGGCAGCCGGCACAUAUACGCUCCUGCCGAGUACUCGUACCACUGCGCGUCUGUCAGCAGUUCAAACUCGCCUCAGCUGUUUCCACACUCGGCCAAAGACAACGCCAACGAGUGGCAGAUUUCAUUCCAUGACUUACAGAUCCAGGGCUUUAACGUGACCGGUAAGGAUUUCUCCUACGCCAGCGACUGUGCUGCUUUCUUCACUCCUGGUAUCUGGAUGGGUCUUGUCACGUCUCUUCUUAUGAUGCUUGUGCUCACCUACGGCCUGCACAUGAUCAUGCAGCUUCGCACCAUGGACCGCUUUGAUGACCCCAAGGGUCCGGCCAUCUCUGUGCCGCAGACGGAUUGAAGGAUGCCAUCAGUGUUUUGGGAAUAUUAGCCUCCUGUCAUGUGUGAUAAUCAUUCCUUGAGUGAAUGGCAUUUGGUUUCAAAAAUACACUUUUUUUCUCUUGUUAGCUUCGAACAUCACCUUCGUCCUGUUUCUUUUCUAAAGGGAGUUUAUUUGAUAUGUGCAUUAUAUUCUGCACCCUUAGCUUGUCAUUAUAGGAUUGAGAGUUAUCAGAGAUAGUCAGGAUAGUAUCAGGACAGUACACUUAAAAUGGCAUUCUCUCGUGAUUGAUAUUUAUUUGAAUAGAUUUGCAUGUUUGACUAUUUUGAUGAACGGUCACAUUAGCAAAUUGCUACCUUAUCAUUAAAGAAGAAUGAUACGACGGGUUUGAUGUUGUCCGUGGCUUGUAACUGUUAAUAUGAAAAAUAAUUAUUGCUGUGUAAUUUAUUUGAUGAAAAUUAUUUAUGUGCGGUGUGUAUGGUCAGUAUUUGUGUCGGUGUGUGAUCUGCUCUUGUUGUUCCUUGUGUCCUAUGAUUUAUUUACCAUGACCUGCUGUGUAUUAGCAAUGUACUCCUGUACAUGAUGUUGUUAUUAUUUACAACAACGAAAAGAAGAAAACGCAUAUGUGGUACUAAAAGAUUCAUGUAGCAAUAUUUUGGAAAUGUUGAAAUGUGUCUGUUUAAUAAAAACAAAAGAUAAAUAUGAA